AGGGUUACGUUUAAUUUUGUGAAAAUAUUUAAAGGGAAUCCCAGCAAUCUAAAAAUAUAUUUUCCAACCUGAAAACGAAAGUAGGCCUAAAGAUUAUAACCGGAAAAGAGAAAGAAAACAAGAAUUUUGAAUACAAAAUGGAUAAUGUUAUGUCAGCGUCUACCAGCGUUGGAAGUGAUGCGUUGUAUGAUACACCAUGGAGAGACAAGUCCGUAAAAUGGCAACCUAGAAAACGAACUAUAUUUUUUAACACACAUGACGAUAUUAUCAGCAACUUAGAGCAGUUUGUAAGAUUAUCUCUAGAUAGUCGGGAAGGCAAAGCCCUCGCAUUGUUUCUUGCAGGACUAUUUCUUUCCGUUAUAGGCUUAACUCGGAUUGGAGGUCUUCUUGAGAUACUAGGAUUUUUAUCUCUAUUUAAGGGCGCUACUAUUUUACGACAUUUAAAAAGAGUGAAACCUUUACAACCAAUAUUCGAGAAUGCUGCAGUAAAACAGUUUAUGUUGAGUAUGGAAGAGGAGAAGACCCGAGAAUCACUGAAACAGGACAUAGAGAACUACCGACCUAUACACGACUUCCUCAGUAGUGACACGCGGUUCCCUCGUGUAAACAUAUUGUUAAUGGGCCCUAUAGGCGUAGGAAAGUCCAGUUUCUUCAACACCAUCAACUCUAUAUUUAGAGGGAAGAUAUUUGGUGUUGCACGGAGUGGCAGCUCGGAACAUAGUUUAACAACCAAGUUCCGACAAUACCCCGUGAUUUCCAAGAGUAACAGCAACAAGGAGAUGGGAUUUCGUAUAUGUGACACCAUGGGCUUAGAGCCUAACCACUUGAUGGAAAAAGACAACAUGCGAUACAUACUGAAUGGUCACAUAGAGGAUAAGUUUUUGUUGGACCCUAGUCGGGCAGUUGCUCCUAAUACUCCAGGCUUUCUGAAGCAACCCAAGUUGGAAGACCAGAUUCACUGUACUGCCAUUGUUCUAGAUGCUAGCACAGUCGACGCUGCUGAUGCCAUUAAAGACACGAUACAGAACAUAAAAGAUAUGCAAACUGUGAUGAACAGCUUGGAUGUACCUCAAGUUGUUAUACUAACAUGUAUUGACAAGGUUUGCAAGCAGACAAAGAUCGACCCGUCUAAUGCAUUAAAGAGCAAACUCAUUGACAAAACAGUUGCAAAGGUUUCAGAAAUGUUAGGAUUACCACAGAACUGUAUAUUUCCGGUCAAAAACUACGAGAAAGAAUGUGAACUUGACCCUAAUGUUGACAUUCUUGCGCUGCUUGCAUUGAAAGGUAUAUUGAACAGUGCCGAUGCUUUCUUGUCGUUACAUAGAGACGAAAUGGAUAAAUAUCAAUCAUGAAAAAAUCCGGAAAUUUCCAGAAACAUGGAACAAUACAAUGACUACCUUUAACUUACAAAAUACUAUGUUAUUUUUUCUUGGAAAACAUGGCAAUAUAUUGUGUAAUUUACAUUGCACAGACAGAGAAACGAAGUAUUUUAUGGACCAAAAAAAGGAGACCUAACUUCGUUGUUGAUAUGUUUUAUAACAUACAUGUAUUGUAGGGAAGGGCGAGUUUUAUAAACAUGCAUGUUUUCAUCAAGACAUUAGGGUAUCACUGUACAUAUAAUUAUACACAUAUUCACUCGUUAUGCCAAAUUUAUUACUGUGUUGUGUGACCAAAUAUAUAUAUACACACAUUUACUGCUCACUGAUCAUUGUUGAUAUGUUUGUUACAAAACGGCUGUCUGUUAAAUAACUUAAAUAGUCUGAAUUUAUGUUACUUGCUACAAUGUAAAGUACAGAUUAAGUACUGCAAUAUACGGGUCUGUUUUGAAGUUCAAUUUUUUUCAGUAAAAAAAUCGGGUUGACAGAAAAGGCAGUUAAUUGAUUUCUUUGGAGUUAAAUUAUCAAAUACAAAUUAAAUCCCUCCUAAUAAAUUACAUAACAGUCUGUCCCCGCGUUACAUACACAUCUUUACAAUGGGCUGACGAGAUUGUCGCUUAGGAUAGCCCACUAUGUACUUUUCGAUUCACAGAUCGGAGCUCGGCAUGGUGUAAUUUUUUUAUCUUUUAGAAUUGUUUUAUUAAAGCAAGCGAACAUUCAUGAUGUUUUGUUCAAAUUAAAUAACAUUAGCACCAUCUAACGUUGAUGUUUGAACUAUUCUUUUGAGCUCUAGUCUUCAUGCAUUCAUGCCCACUCGGUUAAAUAAAAUUUCGUCGUACACAAAAACAAACACAUAUCCCUUUGUAUUAGUUUAAUUAGAAUACAUAAUGACAGUACUUGGCAUAAACUAAUAAAUUAUUUACAUCUUAUUUAUCUUUUUUAAAAUGUAGAACAAUAUAAUUAGCGUAUUGAUUUUAUUUUAUUUUUUGUAAUAUUAAUUAAAUUAAUUAGGGUCAAUUGAGACUUUAUGACAAGUUCCGGUCAUCACUUUGUACGGAAAGCAAUAAGAUAAUUUACCAUCUGUAGCUCACAUGGUUAAUGCUUCUAUGCUGUAGUUGAAUAAAGUGCCGUUUUAUCAAUCUUCCAUUGAUUCAAUUGCGUUUUCAUCAUUAUUGAAGAAUACGAGUAUAUUCCUUGCAAAAAAACAACCCAAAACAUCACACGUAAUGUAAAGAGGAAGAAUUCUGUGAUUUAGAUGUUAUGUGAAAACGAUUUAUCUGCAUGUCUUGCUUACGAAAAAAAAUUUCUUUGCAUGUUUUGUUAAGAGAAAAUAAUUAAAAAAAUUAUGAGAAAAAAGUUUUCUUUGCGUGCAAUGUUAAGAGGUAUUUUCUUUCAUGUCAUGUUAAGAGAAAAGUUGUCUUUGCAUUCCAUUAGUCGAAAACAUCUGCAUAAAGGUUAUAAUGGUACAUUUAGAAUAUAGUAUUUAUAGAUUUAUACCAUUUAAGGUUCUUUUUUUUUCUCUUUUGUAAUUGAUAUAGAAAAUAAGGGUGAUUUUGUAUGCCGGUUUUACACAUGCUAUACGAGUACAUGUAAAAAAGUAAUAAAAAAUCUGCUGAAAGUUUAAUCUUUUUUUUGUAUAUUUUUAUACGUUUGAAUGCUGCAAUCGUCGUGUUUUAUUGUAUUAUUUGCUGAUCAUUACCUGACCAAGACUGGGUUAAAACAAAAAAAAAAUAACUGGUGGAUUCUACCGCCCCAACCAUAUUGAUACCAACAAUCACUAUUGGUCACUACUGGAAGGAAUGCAUUGAUAGAGCAUAUUAAAAGAAAUAUAUUCUGCUAUCCUGAAUGCAAAAAUCCACCUUAAGCAUAUGUACUAAAUUAGCCUCUACAAAUGAAUUCGCCCACCAACACUCUCUUUUAUUUAACAAACUUUUGUUUAUGUCUUACUUCCUUCUUAGCUGUCUUGGGAAAACUAAAGGGACACAAAAAGCAAAUGAAAAGUAAUUGAUCAUUAUGAAACAAUGAAACAACCAAUGCAUUUUAAUACAUUUAUAAAUGACAUUUGUAAAGCCCCAUGAUGAAGACCAAGAAAUAAAAUGUGUCUUCUGUGACAUUUCGAAGGCAUUUAAAGAUCCUGUAUGUUUUGUGAUUGAUAUUGUUUUGUUACUGUGUGUAUACCACACUUGCAAAAAUUUGCGGGCGUGAUUGAAGAAGUGACAAAGUCGAGUUGUUAUACAUGUAUUUAUUGUAUAAAAAUCACGAAGAUACAAUGUCCUUGAACAAUAUGAUCUAAUACACAGUUAUGUUUCAUAAAUUGAGUUGGAAAGUCAACUUAUAAAAUUAUUUUCAAGGUUUAUUGUAGCAUGUCUUAAAUUAAUAA